GGUUACGUGUUUAAACUUAAAGUCGUACUAAUCUUACCCAAUAUCCUAUAAAUUCAAUUGAUUCAGUAAACCAUGGUGCCAGAGCAUAUUACAACGCAGAGAGGAAUUACGGUACUGAUAGUCAUUACGGUAUCUUGAAGCAGCACCUUUGCAUUCUACGCCUGUCCAUGAUCACAUAGGUGAAAUACGUACGUCAUCAGGGUGGCCUAGCACAGCCUCAAUCACAACAGGUUUCUUCGUAGGUACGUACAAAUGUACAACCCUGAUGCUGAUAUUCUGUCAUUUCACUGGUGAUAUUCUGACUUUAGCUUCUACUUAUCCAUUUCUAUAAAUAUUUUCUUGAUUUGCUGCACAUACUGGCAUAUUGCUAGAGAAGUUUUAAAUUUUUUGAACGAAAGCUUGCAGUUUUCUGGAACAAAAUGGCAAGUAAAGGAGAAUAUGGAUACUCAUGGAUGCGGUAUUUCAAGACCGCUUGUUUAACAGCUGCAUUUUUUGUCUUGGGAUUGUGUAUUGCACUUCUCGGUCCUUCUCUUCCCACUCUUGCACAUAAUCUUAACACAUUAGAUGAGAAUCUUUCAUUCAUUGUGACAGCAAGAGGUUGUGGAUAUCUUAUCGGAUCACUUCUAUGUGCAUUGUUGUUCAAGAGAAUGAACGAAUAUUUUCUGAUUGCCAUAUGUCUUUUUUUAACUGCAUUGGGCAACUUUGCUGUGCCAUUUAUGCCACAAAUAGCUCUACUUGCUAUUGCUGUUCUCGUGGCAGGAACUUCGAUGGGAAUAUUAGACACUGGUGGGAAUGUCCUUUGUUUAUCGUUGUGGGGCACUGAAUCAGAGCCAUGGAUGCAGACUCUACACUUCUUUUUUGCAUUCGGGGCAACAUUAUCACCAAUGCUUGCAAAACCUUUCAUUAUGGAAUCAGUAUUAGCCGAUCAUACCACAAACAGUUCAACAAUAACUCCAGAUACUUCAACAAAUGCGGUUAUUGCUGCAGAAGACAGUUUUCCUCUGGUUGCAUGGGCUUUUAUAAUUGCAGCCACUCUUGCUUUAUUGGUAUCUGUUAUUUUCUGUUUCCUAUCAUUUUCAAAACAUACAAAAAAUGCAUCUCUUCAGGAAGACACCACUAAAUUAGAGGGUAAAUUUUACAGGAUGAAAAUCCUAAUUCUUCUCUAUUGGUUCUACUUUUUAUAUGUUGGAACGGAAGUAACGUUUGGACUCUUCAUAUAUACAUUUGCUAUCAAGUGUGAUAUGCAUUAUUCAAAAAAUACAGGAACAGCAUUAAACUCAUUGUUUUGGGGAAUAUUUGCUAUUGGAAGAUUUUGUGCGAUAUUUUUUUCCAAAUGUAUUUCACCGAAAUCUAUGCUUUUGCUGGAUUUAUUGGGAACUGCAAUAGCCACUGUUGUCAUGGCAUUUUUUCCGUAUUAUGCUCAGAGUGCAGAAUGGUUAUUAUGGGCUUCUGUAGCAUUGUAUGGAUGGUCAAUGGCAAGUUUAUUUCCCUCUGGUAUCACUUGGGCAGAACAUUAUAUCACUGUAACAGAAAAGGCCGCUACUACUUUUGUUGUGGGUGCAUCUCUUGGCGAAAUGGCACUGCCAUUCAUCAUGUAUCAUAUGAUUGCUCGAAAUCCAAUGAAUUUGAUGUAUUUUUGUGCUGUAUCAACUGGAAUAUCCAUUCUCAUAUUUAUUGUACUUCUCAUUAUUACUGGAAAACAAGGGUCUCGGCUCGAUCUUGCCAGAAACAAGAAAAAUAUAUCCAUGGAUGAGAAAAUGAAUGAAACAGCUGGAGAACAAAAAUACACUCUCGUUCCCACUAAUGAUAUUGAUAUGAAAGCAGAUGAUAAUAUUCGAUCAUCAGAUGAAGAAAUCUGAUUCUUAAAUCCAAGUUUCAUUAUUCUUUCUGUCAACUGUUCGAGAAUCAACAAAUUAAUGAACAAUUUGAUUUUGUAUAUCUAGUUUGCAAAUACGUUAUCUUAUUUUAUCUUGCCAAGUUCCGUUUAUGUUCACUGACAUUGCCUCGUUCCGAAAUUUGAAGUUUCCUGAAUAUACAUUUGGUAUUACACAAGAUUGGUUGAGAUGUGGAAAAAGUUUACAUAGAUUUGUUUCACAAAAUUGUCGCCCUGUUAGGGCUGCCACUGCUACAGAAAAUUAUUUGAAAUAUAUUGUAAUUGCUUGAACCACACCCGGCAUACUGCCUGCUUUUUUUCUGUAAAAAAUUGCUACUAGUAACUAGAUGGUGGUAUCAUAGGGCAGGGCUACUCAACUAUUUUCACUAUGUCCGUUUACAAAACUUCAAAAUUAUUGGGGUCUGCACAUUUCAGAAAAUUUAUUUCAUUGAAUAAACCAAUGCAUCAUUAAAUUCAAGAGCAAUGAAUGGCUCACAAAUGUCACACAUCGGUACCAGUGCGGCAAACUGUAUAGCCGUGAAUGUUAAUAGUAUCAAAAACUAUAAAACAAUGCUAA